CUCAGAAGAUAUUGGACAGAUCCAGAUCUUGAUCAGAAUGAAAAAUUCUUAAGAGAUUUUAUAUUAAAUAAAGGCUAUAUAGAAAAAGACUCUGGUGUUUUACCAACUUACGAUGAAUUAGUUAAUUCUAGCUGUGAUGAGGAGGACGAGGAAGCUAUCGAAAAGCAAGAAGAUUUUGAAAGAAAGUAUAAUUUCAGAUUUGAAGAGCCGGAUUCUGAACUAAUCAUGAGCUAUCCAAGAACCGUUGCAGGGUCUGUAAGGCGAAAAGACAGCAGCAGAAUUGAAAAGAGAAAAGUCAGACUUGAAAGGAAGGCUGAGGAAAAAGAUCGUAAAAUUCAAGAUCUGAAACGUUUAAAGAAUUUAAAAAAGCAAGAGAUUGCUGAUAAAAUUAAAAAAUUAAAAGAAAUUACCGGAAAUGAAACUUUGGGUUUUAAAGAAUUUGACCUAGAUCACGAAUUCGAUCCAUCGAAAUAUGAUGAAGCAAUGCAGAAAGUUUUCGAAAACUAUGAUGAAGCGGAUGUUGACGAAACGAAGCCGAUUUUUAGCGAUAGUGACAUAGACCAACAUGACGCUAAGGAAGAUGAAGGACCUUAUUGUGAAGACUCUGAAUUUAAUAUGGAUGCUGACUUUGAGCCGAAAAAGCCGGUAUCAAAAUCAUCAAAACACAAGGGUAGCGAUGUUUCUAGGGUAGCACCUAUUUAUUUCAAGACUAUGUUUGCAGUGAUAAUACGGGUUAUGUUAACGAAAACAAAAGCCGUAAAACAAGAUAUCGAUGAAUAUUACAAAUUAAAUUACGAAGAUCUAAUAGGUGAUAUACCCUGUAGAUUUAAAUAUCGUCAAGUACCACGCGAGGAUUUUGGACUCUCUGCAGCCGAGGUAUUAAAGUGGAAUUUCUUUAGUUACAAUCAGAUAUUGAUUUUAUUAAUUAGCAGUAUAUUAUGCUAG